AUGAGAUGUAGUGAUCUAUUACCUUUCUAUGCUAUAUUAAGAUCUAUACCUGAUAAAUUAGGAGGAGUUAUUGCUAUGUUUGCAGCUUUAUUAAUAUUAUUAGUAUUACCAGUUACUGAUAGAUCAGUAGUUAGAGGUAAUACUUUUAAAAUAUUAUCUAAAUUUGCAUUCUAUUUAUUUGUAUUUAACUUCUUCUUAUUAAUGAAUUUAGGUCAAUUACAUGUAGAAGUACCAUUUAUUGAAUUAGGUCAAUAUGCUACUGUUUUCUACUUUAGUUAUUACUUAAUCUUAGUUCCUGUUAUCUCUACUAUAGAAAAUAUUUUAUUCUAUAUCGGUAAUAAAUAA